GUGGCGGGACGUCGGUUCGAAACCUUGGGGAGAACCCUGCUCCGGUUCCCUGACACCCUUCUGGGUGACCCCCGCCGACGCCGACGGUACUUUGACCCCCAACGCCGGGAGUAUUUCUUCGACCGCCACCGCGGAGCCUUCGGCGCCGUCCUCUACUACUACCAAUCCGGUGGAAGACUCCGUCGACCACCCGACGUCCCCUUAGAUGUCUUCUUGGAAGAGUUACGGUUCUACCAGCUGGGUGCUGAAGCGGAAGGAAGACUCCGCGAGGCCGAAGGCUUUGCAGUGGAAGUGGCGCAGCCUUUGCCCAGUGGGAGGUUACAACGACGGGCGUGGUUGUUGUGCGAACACCCCGAGAGUUCGCCGGCUGCCCGCGCCGUGGCCUUGCUCUCCGUCCUCGUCAUCCUCGUCUCCAUCGUUGUCUUCUGCUUGGAGACCCUGCCCCAGUUUCGGGUUGGAGGGGAGGGGUCUGCUCAGACCCCACCGCCCGUCUCCACCAACGUCAACACCUCCUCCUCACCGUCCCCCCGAGGCAGUUUGACCGAUCCUUUCUUCGUGGUGGAGACCAUCUGCAUCUGCUGGUUCUCCUUGGAGCUCCUGGUCCGUCUUUUAGCCAGCCCCAGCAAAACCGCCUUCUUCCGUAACGCCAUGAACCUCAUCGAUUUGGUCGCCAUCGUCCCUUACUUCGUCGCUUUGGGAACUGAACUGGCGCGGCAACGCGGCGUGGGUCAACCCGCCAUGUCCUUGGCCAUCCUGCGCGUCAUCCGCCUGGUUCGAGUCUUCAGGGUCUUCAAGUUGUCCCGUCACUCAACGGGUUUACAGAUUUUGGGCCAAACCCUUCGCGCCAGCAUGAGGGAGCUGGGGCUGCUCAUCUUCUUUCUCCUCAUCGGCGUCGUCCUCUUCUCCAGCGCCGUCUACUUCGCCGAGGCUGAAGAUCCCACCACUUCCUUCACGUCCAUCCCUCGGGCCUUCUGGUGGGCCGUCGUCACCAUGACUACGGUGGGUUACGGCGACAUGGCGCCCGUCACCGUGGGCGGGAAGCUGGUGGGGUCUCUGUGCGCCAUCGCGGGGGUG